GCCCAGAUCGUCGGCAAUCCCAGUGAGACCAGGGAGGCCAAGGAGAAAAAGGACGAGGCGAAGGAGCCUGGCAGCCUUGCGGGCCUUGGGGACCUUUGCGGAGAGCACGGUUUUGCCAAUCAGCCGGACAUGCGGCCGGCCCCAAACGCUGCGGCGCCACUUCAGGAUGCCAAGUGCAUCGAUGCCCUGGGGCGCAUCGAGACACGGAUGACCGAACUGCUCGGCUGCAUGACUGAGCUGGCUGGCAACUUGAAGGACAUGGCACAAACAGACGUGCCCAAGAAGAAGGACGGAGCCAAAGCGACGACAGUUCCGAAAGCGAAGGCAAAGAAGGAGUCGAUUGCGCCUCCAAGCCAAGCCAACGGUGUCCAGAGCAGUAUCCCGGAG